UCUGGCAAGUUCCCACACUGGCCACGUUAUAACUGAACUUAGCUGAGAGAUUCAGAUCUUAACUGUACAGAAAUCUGGACGGAGACACCGCCAAGAUGAACUACAUUCAGGUCUUGUCCACGUUACUGUCCGCGGUGGUCCUGACCUCAGGACUGUCCCCCAUUGGUCAGAAAAACUACAGGGGUCUGAGGGUGCUGGGUGUACAACCAGUGGGGGUCGACUGGUGCAAGACAUGCAUCGAUUUCUCUGGUCAGGCCAUCAACGAACUGCUCAACAUCAUUCUAAACAUGGGCGUCAUAGGCACGUGCGCUGAUCUGUGCAAUGUUCUGGCGGAGAAAACCGGAAGUCAAAUCCUUGGUGCCGUCUGCAACAUUCUUUGUGACGUGGAGGGCGUCAAGGAGUUUGUCAACCUAAUCGAAAAGGCUGACCUUGACCCCAUCUACCUGUGUGAACUUCUGAAGUCAUGUCCUGUCUUUGAUGGUGGUGAUGCCACCAUUACAGGAUUCACCGUCGUGCCAAGCAGUGGACCACAAGGAAAGAAAACAAUUAAUCUUCAAUACACAUCAAGAAACGGCACCGGCACUGGAGAGCUAUACCUCUUUGUCCAAACCGUGGAUCAAAUCCCAGUUGAAGGGUCAUUCCUUCAGGAGCCACAGCAGCCAGGCAACUACGCCCCGGUCAUUGACCUGGACGCUGAGCCCGACCCUGACUGUGACCCCACCCAAGACUUCUGUGAGGAAUGGCUGCCAGGAACCUACACCGCUACAGUCCAACUGUGUAACGGAGAGUGUGGUAGCAAGCACCCCCACAGCAAGAUCUAUGAUCAAAAGUCAACCACUUUCGUCAUCACUCAAUAAAACAUUCAACUCAU